CCUUGGCAGAUGUACCGAGGACAAUAAYUGCCAAUGUGAGUGGAACGACCAUCCUGCCCUGCAACAUCACAGUGGUUGGCGACCUUCCUACGGUGGAGUGGUCCAAGAUGGGCAUAUCGCCAAACAUCACCAUCUUGUACCGGAACGGCUGUGAGACUUUCGAAGAGAAGAAUCCAGAAUUCCACCACAGGACAAACCUGGUCCUGAACAAACUGAAAGACGGCAAUCUGUCUCAGAUUAUUCACAACCUGCGUCUGUCUGAUGCUGGUAUAUACCAGUGCAGGACUCGGAGAGGGAAUCAGUGGAAGGUUGAAUCAACCGUGGACCUUGUAGUUGCUGCGUCUGAGCCGAAGCUCAUGUUUGUUCCUGGUACUGAUGAGGUGUUGCUGCAGUGCAAGGCAGAAUGUUGGUCCUCAAAGACUGCAAUACAGUUUCUGGAUGAUCAAGGAAAUGAAAUCGAGGCCCUAAAUCAAAAAAGAGAGGCAACACAUCCGGGAUGUUUUACCUUUACAAGGAUGGCGGCUCUGCCGGCUGCAACCAACAGGGUUAAAUGCAGAGUGAGCCUGCUGAACGAGAUAAGGGAGACAGAAAUUUUUUUUCCAGCUGACUGGGUGAGAUUCUGCAUUAAAAGCAUUGCAGCUGGUGCAGCACUCACAUUAGUGUUGACGUGUCUGUUAUGUAUAUGUGGAGUUUGUUGCUAUAAGAAACAUAANGAAUUGUUGGCUGGAUCGGCUGAAAAAAUUAAAUUGCUGAAAGGAAAAAAUAAAGAACUGGAGAAACGUCUUUCGGAGAAAGACCAGCAGAUCAAAAACCUGGAGCUCAAAUGCAAACACACUCUGUCUCCAAUGAGGGGCCAGUCUAUGCAUGGCUCCAGACCCUCACUAAAUGGGUCCAAACAAGGUAACCAGCUACCCCAGUGCAACACCCAGAACCCAGCAACCUCAUCUACAAGCAGCCACCCAGAACCUGACAACAAACCAGAGGUGAAAGAGUCCACACCAGCCGUCCCCAAACAAAACCCGACACCUGUUCCCCAGAAGAAGCCAGAACCCAAGAGUACGUCUGCUCCUAUGACAAAUGGUGCUGCAUCUGAAGGAACUAAGCAUCACCGUUCUUGCAGUUUUUCUGCUUCUCGCUCCAACAGUGUCAGAUUUCCACCUAGAUUUUCCAUGCCCAACCGUUUUAGUGUCCUUGAAGAUGAAGACGCAGAGUCGCAGAGUUUGAUUGAGUGAAACCCCGAGCCACGGUCAGACCACCAAUUUAGAGAUGAMAUUUUUGUUAACGUGUGUGAGAUCUCUCAUCAAAUUUGAACCAAAUUUCACAAAGUUGGUUUAAAAUUGGUCUUUUAGUGUGAUUUUUAAUAAAAUCUGCAUUUUUAUGUCA